AUGCAGUCCUCCAUGCUGCUGCGUCGCAGCAGUCAGGCGCUCUACUGGUCAUGGAAGACCGUCCAUGCAGCGGCGCCAGGAGUGCAGGGAAGAAGAAUGCAGGCGGUAAGGACGCGCUCGAUGGCGUCCCUGCCUUCUGCAGAGGAGGCAUCGUCGAAUGAAGCAAAGAACCGGAAAUGGAGCAAGGAGGUGGAGGAACGAAAACUGUUCGCGACCCUCCGAGAUCUGAAGGGGGAGGAGAAGAAGAAGUUCUUCAGGGGCAUGCUGGCCAACAAGACUGCCAACAUCUUUCACUUCAACCUCAUGAUCUCCUCCAGCAGGUUAAUCAGGGAGAGCCGCGAGCUCUGGGAGACCCUAAACAAGAUGGAGCUGACGCCCGACGUCGUGACCUACACCUCCAUGAUCAAGAGCGAAGUAAAGGCCGGCAACAUGAGCGCGGCAGAGAAGCUUUUCACUGCCAUGCGCGCCAAAGGUGUCGAGCCGAACGAGGUGACGCAUGGCAUCUUGAUCGACGGGUACCACAAGCAUGGUCGGCUAGAAGACGUGUUCUCAGCAUGGAGGAGGAUGAAGGAGCAGGGGCUGAAGACGAAUGAGGUGAUCUACUCGAGCCUCAUCGAUGCCUGCGCAAAGCGGAUGGACAUGGCAAGAGCGGAGAAGCUGGUAGAGGAGGUAGCAGCUAACGGGUUCCUUUUCCUGGACGGCAGGUGUUACUCCGUCAUAAUCGACGCGUUUGCUCGCUCGGGGCAGGUAGAAGAAGCCGAGAAAUAUCUAGAGAAGAUGUGCGAGCAGAGGAGGUGGUUCAUGAAUCAAGGCGAGGAGGGUGAGAGAAAGAUAUCAAUAUCGAAGAAGAAUGUGCUGGAUGCCUUCAACGCAACUCUCAACGGCUGCUACCUGUGA